UAAAAAGUUCAUAGAAAAAAAAUUUUAUUUAUUGAAUUGUUUGUAAUAUAAUGUUAAAACCGAUUGUUAUUUAUAAUUUUUUUUUAAAGGACUUGUGAUCAAAACAUCCACAAUUGACUUUAUAUUCCAUAAUAAUUAUGUGGCGAAUUUUUCCAAUUCAAAUUCGAAAUAGUGAGUUUUAGAGUCAUGUGUAUGCGCACUUGGCACCUGUUCGUUAUUGCUGCAUUGCUGCACUGGUGCAAUAAGUUAGAAUAAGACAAAUAUAUUUUUUUUCAUUCUAACUUAUUGCAUCAGUACGACCCGUACAGCAGUGCAGCGACAAAGAACAGAAGGCUUAGUAUUUCAUCUAUUCAACGUUAGAGUGCAGUGCAGUCGUAUGUUAACAACAUGGCGGGUGUGCUGUUCGAAGAUAUUUUCAACGUAAAGGAUAUUGAUCCGGAGGGCAAGAAAUUCGACAGGGGUAUCGAUAUCUCGACGUAUUUGUCUCGAAGGACCUCGCGCCCUCGCGGCCCCGAUAAUCGCACGGCCUUUCUACUCUACGUUUUUGCUGCUCGCUCGUGGACCACGAGAGAGUGGAAUUUGCAGAGCGUCGUAGAGAAGGCGACCAUGACCGAAUUUUCAGCCGGAAUAUAUUGGAUCUUCGCUGCGUGUAUCGCGCCUAUCAAUUUUGCCGCACAAAUAUUAUCGAUGUGUUAAAUUUUUUCUUCUUUUUCUUCUAACGAACGUGUGCUCGAAUUAUAUGUAUAUUUGGUAGAAUGCUUCGUUGAGAGAAAACCGUCUGAUUUAAUACAGAUUGAGAUUAGCAUAUUAAUUAAAUAGUUUUUAAAAUGGUCAUUGUAAUAUUUUCAAUAAUUACAAAAAUGAUAUUUUUUGUUCAAAUGUUAUAUUAUUGUAGCUAUUUUUAAUUAAUUUUUGUUGGUGUGUUUUUACUCGUAUUACAUUUAUAUUUAUCCUUCAAAUAUACAAAUCCAAAAAUGGUUGAUAAGAAAUAAAUAUAUAUCUUGUUAUAA